UCGUCAACCAUAUAUCUAUCAAAUUAUUUUUGCUAAUAUUAUUACCGUGACAUGUAUAAUUGUGUUUGGUAAUAUAGGCCCAUUAACAUGCCUAUCGACUGUGUCUGCGAAAAUAAUGCAUUGCGAAACGUAGAAAUGCGCAACCAACACGCCCAAAUAGGAGCUUUUUAAGCGUUGGCACCUUGACCUCUUUACCUGGUUUGGCGGGUAGUUCAACAUUUCCGAGCAUGUCGAUCUAACAAGCUUAUUAAUUCUCAAGGCUGAACGAAAUGAUGUACAAGUGCCGACAGUGAUUUUUUAUGCAUCAAUAGCAACCAUUCUAAAAAACAUUACAACGACAAUUAAAUUAUUUGAGAAAAGAAAACAAAUUUCUUAUCAUUAGUACAUACAACAUGUUCGAGGGAUUCACAGAAUUCGAUAUAGAGGUCCAAUCCUCCCCUAAUGUCACCAUUCACGGGGUGCAAGGAGGUUCGGGACCAGCACUGCUCCUCGUCCACGGAUUUCCCCAAACCCAUCUCAUCUGGCACCUUGUCGUGCCGCACCUGGUUUCGCAAUUCACCAUCGUAGCUGUGGACAUCCGGGGGUAUGGCGCAUCCACCAAGCUUCCCCAGAGCGAGGGACAUACACACUAUGCAAAGAGCACCAUGGCACGCGACCUCAAAGUUGUGAUGGAGAAGCUGGGCCAUGACAAGUAUUACAUCUGUGCCCACGAUCGAGGGGCCCGCGUCGCCCACAAGCUGUGUGUGGACUUUCCAGCGCUUGUGAUAAAGGCUAUCUUCCUCGACAUCAGCCCCACCCUGCUGAUGUAUUCAAAGACGGACUUCGAGUUUGCCAAGUCUUACUUUCACUGGUUCUUUCUGAUCCAAAAGUACCCACUGCCGGAGACUCUGAUUUCGCAGAAUCCGAAGAUGUUCGCGGAAUUGUUUAUGGGUGGAAGACACGCGGGACUUGGGGCGUUUACACCGCAGUGUUUCGCCCAGUAUUUGUCGGUUCUCGAGCAGCCUGAGGCUGUUCAUGCGAUGUGCGAAGACUAUAGGGCGGCUGCGACGAUAGACUUGGAGGAGGCGAGACAAGAUAUUAAGGCAAAUCGCUUUAUACAAAAUCCUCUAAGGGUCUUGUGGGGGAAAAAUGGGACCAUUGAGAAGUGUUUCAAUGCUGUUGCGGACUGGAGUGAGGUUUCUACGGCGAGUGUAGACGGGGGAAAUAUUGACUGUGGUCAUUAUAUAGCAGAAGAGGCGCCAGACAUACUCGUAAAGAAUAUCAAGGAGUUCUUUGUCUAGGGAACUUGGAGCACGGCAGGAGCGCCGACUACCAGGUGGUCGGCCGCACUUUCCGAAAUACAUGGUACAGGUAUAUACAUACGGUUUCUACUCAAUUCUCAAUUCAACAGAACAGACUUUAACCCAUUUCUUCCAUCCGCCAGCUCAAAAGAGGCCUGUGUCGUUGAGUUUUAAGCGAUCAACUGAGUAAAUCGCC